AUGUUAGGUUCUGAUAACGAGUGGGUGACGGAGACGUGUGGGUUUGUGGUGAUCUGCGCAGAACAGAAGAACGUGAGGAAGAUCAUGUUAGCGGCAGAAGCGCUGGAUAUGGUGGGCGGGGACUACGCCUUCUUCAAUAUGGAGAUCUUCAAUGGAACGGCAGCAAGCUAUAAUUCGUGGUACAACGCUAGCGACACUGACAAGAAUAAUGAACGUGCAAAGAAGGCUUAUGAUGCUGUUCUCACUGUUACGACUCGUGCACCAACAGGAGAUCCAUACCGUAAUUUCUCUAAUGAGGUCAAGGAAAUGGCUCUCGAAAAGUUUGAAUUCGAGUACGAGGACACGGUUAACCCCUUCGUGUCCAGUUUCUUCGACGCAGUCCUCAUCUACGCCGCCGCCUUGAACGAGACUCUCCGGCUUAACGGCAGCAUCACCGACGGAGAGGAUAUUGUUAACAACAUUAGGAACAAGACGUUUGACUUUAACAAACUUCUUCCUUGGGAACACGAGAACAUCACUAUCGAUGCCGUUGGAGACCGUAAAGCCGAUUACUCCUUAAUGGACAUGAAUCCAGAGACCGGUGUAUUCGAGCUUCCCGGACACAGGUCAUCCACGGGCAUGGGCGGCCUCGCAUUUUGGGUUUUCAGAGGGGAGACUUUCCUCCGGUUCCUCCGCCACUUGGCUGGCGAUUCACUACAACUCCUCCCCACCAAAGUCCGUUAA